UCUCUCUCUCUCUCUCUCUCUAUCUCUAUCUCUCUCUCUCUCUCUCUCUCUCUCUCUCUCUCUCUCACAGUCCUCCCUCUUCCCUCACAGACACGCCGCACACCUCCAGCCCUCGUGUUUACGCCUCUCCCUCCCUCUCUCUCUCUUCUCACCCUUACAGAAUACUCUCCCUCUCUUUCUCUCUCCCUCUCCCUCUCUCUUUCUCUCUCUCUACGGUUCGUGAGGGAAAAAAAGAAGGAAUUUUUAGGUGAAAUGAGAGAGAUAAUUGAGUGCAGAUAUGCGUGACACGGAAGAAGAACAAGGUGAAGUAGGAGGAGGAGGAGGAGGAGAAGGUGGAAGAAGAAGAGGAGGAGGAGGAGGAAGAGGAGGAGGAAGAGGAAGAAAAUCAGAUAAUUGCCAAGGACGGAGGUGAGGAAAUAGAAACAAGUGAAAAGAGAACAGGGAGAACAAAACAAAGACAAAAAGAAACAAACAAAUAAACGAAUAAGAAGAAGAAAAAAAAAAGAGAAGGAAAAGAAGAAGAAGAAAGAAAUAAAAGAAAGAAGAGGAGAGAAGAAGAAGAAGAAGAAGAAGAAGAAGAAGAAGAAGGAGAAGAAGGAGACCAUUUUUAUCCUUAUAUACAAAGCAGCGCCUUCGCCAUGGUGUGUGGGUCUCCCCCCGGCCGCCUCAAGUCCCUGCUGGUGACUCGCAGGGGCGGCUUCCUGGAAGAUCCUUUCUUUAGAGACGCUAGAGAGAACUACAACAGCGCCGUCAGGAGGAUUGUGGACAGGUUCAACCACGGGGGAAUGUUCGCGCCCCGGGACCGCCUGCGGGAUGACCACUACCACUCCAUGUACAGGACGCUCCGCCACGCCCGCCUCAAUUACUCCGCCCACGCCCCGCGCUUCAAGGACGAGGGAAACGUCUUCAAGCUGGUUAUGGACGUCCGUGAAUUCGCUGGCGGGGACAUUACCGUGCGAACCGCCGGAGGAACCCUGUCAGUGCGAGGGAGACUUGAUAUUGACGAUGAAGAAGGCGCAGAAGGAAGAGGAAGAGGAGGAAGAGGAGGAGGUGAUGCUGAGUCUAUAUCCUCCCGCUCCUCCUCCCGUACUCUCCACCGUCGGUUUAAUCUUCCUCCAGAGGCUGAUGGAGAGAAGAUUACCUCCUACCUCUCCCGUGACGGCGUUCUCACUAUCACGCUGCCCAAAAGGACCGACGUUCGCGUCAUACCAGUUCGCGUGGAGGGAGUGGAUGAAGGAACAGGAGGAGGAAGAGGAGGAAGUGGAGGAGGGAGAUCAGUGGGAGGUGCAGUAGGAGAGGGCGUGGGAGGGCGUACAGGUACCAAGAGACCCUCCCUGUCGCAGCCUGACCCCGGCCCCUCCCCCAGUAAGCGGCCCCAGGACAGUUCCUUCGGGAGGGAGCGAGGCAGUGUCCCACAGGGUAAGAAUCCUGUGAUGAACGGCACUGGCAGGACUUGGGAAGCAAAUAGGGACCCUGGGCGGCGCAGUGGUCUAUGGGACGACGCAGACACCACAUGGAAAGGCGAGAAGGGCGCCACGGGAGGAGGACGCCGCAGGAGCACAGAGGGAGUGGAUAGGACACGGCAGAGGACAUCAAAAUACGAGGAGGCGAAGGAGAUUAACAUCCCCAUCGUGCUGGAGGCCACGGAGGACGCCAGCGAGGUGUCGAGGCCGUCGUUUGUGGGGUCUCGUGACGUCAGAGGUAGUGUGGGCGGCGGCGCGGGCGGGGGCGGCCUGGUGCCCUCCAACAAGCCACGUCCUGACCUUGCACCCUCGCAGCGCCGCCCCGCGCAGCCUGACAAGCCCGCCGCCAGUGUGAACGGCCCGCUGGACAUGACUGUGAACGACAAGGAGAACGUCAAGCCCCCGGAGGACAGGGAAUGGACGUACUCAGGACUGUUCAAGCGCGGAACUGAGGACGGCAAGGAGACGAAAGACAUAACAAAAGCACGCGGCAUCUCGGAGUCUGGAAAGCACAAAGAAAAUGCAUCUCCUUGGAGGACUAACUUAACCAGUCCCACGGAGCGCCCUAAGGCAGUUACUGACGCACGCUUGGACGCCUCUUCACGCCUCUCCGCUGUUCCUACUGACGGGGAUGCCCUCAGGGAUACAUAUGCUCCCGUAUGGAAGCCUCGCAGCGCUACAGCCACCCCCCCGACCACCGCUGCGACUCAGAAUAUUGAUGCAACGCCACGUAAACCACAAACCCCCAGCAAACCGAACCUGCCUUUCUUCAAACCAGUGAGGGUGGAGGUGACGGAGGCCGAGGACGGGGACAGGGACGCUGGGGAACUGAAAGGGAAGGUCAGGAGCGAGACGGAGAAGGCGAAGGAGACCCUGGAGGAGGUGAAGAUGAGGAACAACGCGGACCAGGAGAGAAAACACUUGAAACUCGAUAAUUUCCUCCCGUUACCCAAGACGGACGAGGCUCGAUGUAAGUCACCGCUGGGAGGACGCGAGGUGAAGGUGGAGAGGCGCCAGUCUGACAUGGAGGGCGACGUGUUCAAGGACUGCUGGCAAAACUUCAGUACGACCCUUCAGGAGGUGUUGUCCCGCCUUCAGGAGCUCUCCGCUGAACUGGGGCAAGGCAAGGCAGGGAAGAGCAAUCCGUCCUCUGCUAGUUCUUCUGCUGCUACUACUUGUCCAGCCACGCCCGUAGAGCCGCCCACGCCGCCCCCCAAGGUGCCCGCCGCGCCCAGCCGCUCCUCCAAGGGGACCACCACGCCUCGUCCGGGGCCCUCCCAUGAUGGGCGCACGGCCCCCGCGGCCAUCGCGCCACUGAGUGCGCGGCGCGGGCGUGGCAUCGAGAACCUACAGCUGGAGGGCCUGGCGCGCACCAGUGCCGCCUGCGGGGCGCGAGGUGGCAGCGUGAGUGACACCAGCGGCAGCCGCGAGGCCAGUGUAAGCGAGGCCAGCGGCAGCGAGGACGCCGAGUACAGCAGCAGCGAGGCCAGCGCAGCCACCAGCACUGCCACCGCCACCAGCACCUGCAGCAGCAACAGUGCCCGGCCCGCUGCCACCAGCCAUGGCGCGGUGCUCGCCAGACACCAACAGCAGCAACAGCAGCAGCAGCAAAGAAGGGUCAAUGGGGCGAGGCCUGAGGAGCGCGAUUACGGGGGUCGCUCCUCCCCUAGGCUCCGUCAGCAGCGGCCCGCCCCCGGCCCUGCGCCCUCCACACCCUCACAUGACCCUGAGGUAGACAGCAUCAUCAGCAGGGCGGAGCGCGCCCUAGCGGAGAGCAGACGGCUGUCCGCGCCCUCACCCCCGCGCAGCCACGUCCCCGCCCCGACCGUGAAUGACCUGGGACACGACCGUCGACCCCGACCUACCGGCCAGGCCCCGCGGGGCGGCCACUCCCCCCCCUACACCCUCGCCCCCAACAUUGCCACGCGCGCCUCGCCAGAUACCAACUGUGUGGACGACGACCACCACGACGACGAGGAGGAGGAAGAGGAGGACGAGGAGGAGGAAGAGGAGGACGAGGAGGAGGAAGAGGAGGAGGAAGAAGAUAUACUUGUGAUAAAAAAGGAAGAAGAGGAAGAUGACGAAGAGGAGGAGGAAGAAGAAGAGGAAGAAGAGGAGGAAGAAGAGGAAGAAGAUGAAGAAGAAGAGGAGGAGGAGGAAGAGGAGGAGGAGGUGAAGAAAGAGGAGAACAAAAUAAAGGUUGAAAAAGGGGCCAAGGUACAACAGAAGGAAAAGGAAGAAGAAGAAGAAGAAGAAGAAGAAGAGGAGGAGGAGGAGGAGGAGGAGGAGGAGGAGGAGGAGGAUGAGGAGGAGGAGGAGGAGGGAGAAGAGGACGAGGAGGAGGAUGAAGAGGAGGAGGAAUGUGAGGAGGAGGACGGGGGUGUGGUGGAGGGCCGCCUGACCAUCCACCUCCCCGGCACUGGCGUCCCCCGCCCCGCCGCCGCCGCCGCGCCCCGCCACUCACCCCCGUCAGCAGCCACACCUGUGAGUGUGUCGGGCGGCACCACCGCGCCCUGCCCUCGCCGAGGCUCCCUGCUGGGCCAGGCCGCGGCGGGGAAUGGUGACGUCACGGGCGGGGCGGCCGCGGCCCGGCGUCCAGAAAUACCGGGUGUUGGGGAGGGCGGGGGCGGAGGCGGGGACGGGGGGGUUGACGGGUGGCCACGCCGACCAGCACAGCGCGGGCCGACGGAGCCAGCGCCGCGCCGCCCUGCCAGCACCGAGAGGAUGGGCGGACUGUUCUCGCGCGGGCACGCCCCUGCUACGCCGCCAACGUCGCAGCCACCGCCCACACCACCCACGACCCAGCCGCCACCCACGCCGCCCUGGGUAAGGCACCAGCGCGAGCCGCCGCCCGAGCCGCCGCCGCCGCCGUACGUGCGGCAGAGCAGCGAGUCGUCGCGGCGGCCCAGCGGAGGCUUCAGCGGCGUGCAGUGUGACAGCGUGCGGCGCAUGCGUGAAGCCUGGCGCGCCCGCGGCGACCCCCCGUCUCCCGCGGGAUCCGGUCCCAGGGGACCAGGCAGGCCCCACGUGCCGCCCAGCCCGCCGCCCUCUCCCGGGGCACGCCGCCCCUCGCUGCCCCGCGACUCACCCACGCCCCGCACCAGCAACUAUGCCUCGCCCACCCUCAGCAGCGCCGCGCGAGCAGCCUCACCGCGCCGCGGCAGCAUCGAGGGCAUUGUGCCGCCCGGGUCUCCGCGUGCUCGCGCCCCCUCACCUGCUCACGCUCGGGCAUCCUCGCCUGCCUUCGGCCGCUCAAGCUCACCUGUUCACGCCCGCGCGCACUCUCCCGCGCACGCCCGUCAAAAUUCCAAUGUGCACACGCGCACGGCCUCGCCGCUGCGCUCACGUCCCUCGCCCAAUGCCCACUCCCGAGCCGUCCCAGCCGCCCACUCCAGAUUCAACUCCAACACUCAUGACCGCGUGCCCUCCCCGGCCCGUGCCCCCUCCCCGCUCCGGGACGCUGCCCCACGCCCUCGCAAGCCUUCUACGGAUAGUGGAGGCUCACGGGGACGCGGCGACGCGGCAGGGUGUUCGUCACCUCGCCGUAGCCCACCGCCCUCAUCGAAGGGCGCCGCCCGCCGCAGCCCGCCUCGCCGCAGUCCGCCGCCCACAUCCAAGGACGCCACUCGUCGCAGCCCGCCGCCCUCCAAAAGCACUGGCCGCCGCAGCCCGCCGCCGUCCCCGCGAGGCGCCAGCCGUCGCAGGUCGCCGCCGCCCGGCGCCUCGCCCUUCCACCAGAAGGUGUUCCAUCGCCUGCGGGACGCCAGCCUGCACCACGACAGCGAGACUCUCUGCUUCACCGAGGAGGCGGACCGCUACACGCUGGUGAUGGAUGUGGAGGAAUACGUCCCGGGAGAGAUCGAAGUCCUGCAGGAUGACAAGCGGCUGACGGUGAAGGGACGGCUGGAAGGAACAAACAGCCAAGGUCAACACGUGUGCAAUAGUUUCCAGAGGCACUUUAAGAUUCCACACAACACGAGGGAAGAGGACAUUGACUCGGCGUUGUCCAAGGAGGGUAUUCUCACCGUUUAUGUUCCUAAGAAGAGAGAGCGAGUGAUCAAGAUAGAACUGACGGACUGAAACCCACAAGGCAAGGUAAACAAGAGAGGAAGAGGAAAGGAAGAGAAGAAAGGAGGAACAAACAAGAGGAAGGAAGCGAAGCAGUAAACAAGAGGAGGAAAAACACGAAGAAGAGGAAAAAAAAAAAGGAGAAAUAAAAAAAAGAAUGAUGAGAAUUGGAGGGAAAUGAAUUGAAAUGAGUGAUAAAUUAAGAAAUGAAAAUGGAUGGAAAUGAAAUGCAGUGGAAUGGAAAUGUUGAUAAAUAAUGACGAUAACUGAAUGGAAAGUGAAUGAAUGGUAAUAAAUGAAUAAAUGAUAAAUAGGAAUUAGAAGAGUUUUUUUCUUUCUAUAUUUUUUUUUAUUUGUGAUAAUUUUGUAUGUAGAAAAAACAUUAUUAUUAUUAUUAUUAUUAUUAUUAUUAUUAUUAUUAUUAUUAUUAUUUCCAUCACUAUUCUUGUCAAGUGCCUUAAAUGAACAAGUUUAAGUGCUCACUGACACUUGGAAAAGAAAAAAAACAACAACAACAACAAUAAAAACA